GCUCGUAUCGCGCGGCGGCGCAUUUUGCCUCAUCGGCCGCGCUAGCAGUGCAGCAGCGCACUACAGCAGCGACCAACGAGGCCUAUCACCACGCACACCGGUUUGAUCCGAUCUAGCAUCGCUGGCGAAUCGAAUUUAAAGGAGGAGGCAUCCAAUCGCCAUGCCGGACGUAGCGCUCGAAAUCGAAGACGGCCUCCACGCGCAGCAAGAGGCACCGCUCACAACCCUGCAGCGGCUAAAGCAUUCGAUUUGUCCUCCCUCGCGGUCGGCGGACCCGCGCUGCACCGGCUGCGCGAGCGACUCCUUGCUCGAGCUCGCAGCGAAACCCACGGUCGUUGAUAAACUAUGGACGCCCCUCAAGGCGCUCGCGCAGAACCCGACGGCGGCGCUUGCCGGCGUCGCAGCUUUAUAUUUACUCUACUGCCUCCUGUAUGUGGUGUGGUACCCCUUCGCGUAUGUUGGUGGUGAAUACUUCGCCUGGUUCGUGUUUCUCUAUGUUUUGAGGCGGGGCGGCGCGCUCGUGGCGCGCUUCGCGGUGUACCCGGGCUCGUUCAAGGCCGUGCGAGACGACGUCGAGAAGUGCUACGCUCGGCGGUUGGAGUCGCGGUUGGACGCUUGUGCUGCGGCGCUGGAGGCCUACGCGUCGGCUUUACCGCGCGCCUCGACGGGCUUCCUCCCGAACCUGGACGCGCGCCGCCUCUUCCUCGGGAAAUGCCGGCGCGACGCCGAGGCCGCAGCACAACAAGUCCUAAGGCCGCUCGCCGCGGACUUGGAUGCGAUCAUGGGCCGCGGGAGCCACGAACGCGGCGACCUCGCCGACGCGCCCGAAAGUGUAGCACCACAAGCGCGCGCCGCGCGUGUCGAACUAAGGAGUUGCGUCGUCGCGGCCGCAGACGUGGUGGACGCGGCGCCGAACGAUGAGGACGCGGCGGCAAAAUUACUAAGGUGCGCGCGAGCUUUAUCGACGGCAGCAGCGGACCUGCACCCCGUCGACGGCGAGGACGCGCCGUCGACCGCGGCCGCCGCGAGAGUGAUGAAGGACGCCGGCGGCUUCAUUCUCAGAGCUCUCAAGGGUGGCAUCUGCCCGGCGGCUUCGACGGCGACGGCCGGUCUAGGAUUGCUGCGGGCGGAGUUCGUGCGCCGCUACGACGCGCAACAAGUAUGGGUCGACGGCGUCGAUUGUUGCGUCGUGCCGCCCUUCCAGAAAACUCGAAAACAUGACGAGGAGGCGCCGCCGCCCUCCCCGAAGAACGGCGGCUGCUGUAGACGGAGGGACGAUCCCAAUGCUAUUGCGCAACCAAUAGCCACGGUACUCUUCUUCUCACCCAACGCUGUCUUGUACGAGUCCUGCGGCAUGGCGCCGACAGAUGGGGCGUCCUGGGUUGCUACGUAUGCUCGUAGAGGUUACCAGGUGGUCCUUUUUAAUGGGAGAGGCUACGGCCGGACGCGGGGCACGCCCGCGCCGGCGAAAUCAAAAGCUGACGCGAGAGCCGUCGCCUUGUAUCUUCUAGAAAGGUGCCGCGUGCCCCGGUUACUACUCCACGGUGAAAGUAUAGGGGGUCUCGCGGCGUGCGGCACCGCGGCCACGCUCACAUCCUCGACGCAGCACCGCGUGGCGUUAAUUGCGGAUCGGACCUUCUCCGACUUGCGGUGCGAGGCCCAGUACCUCACGGGCAUCGACGCGGCCGCUCCGUUAUUAAGACUCGUGACGGGCUGGUCCGCCGGCGACACGGACGGAGUGGGCGCGUUUCUGCGGGCGAAGUGCGCCAAGCUCGUGGCCAAUGAUUGUCGGGACCACAUGAUCCCCGACGCCGCGUCCCUCAAGGCGGGCGUCGGCCAGCGUCAUCUGUUUGGAGUUGCGGCAGCUACAAGUGUUCAUUUGGACGGCGCCUUAAAGCUGUCGGACGCGCGCGGCGAGGCGCCCUCAAAUGAACCGUCGGUGUCUCUCUCGGAAGGAGCCGUGGCGCAUCUCGUGGCUUGUGUAUGUCAUAUACAUAGAGCGGCGCGCGCGGCGGCGCGGGCCCACUUCAGCGGCACCCGGACGGCGGGCGCCGACGCGAUUCUGGUGGCCGCGUCGAUCCUCGGCCGGUGCGACGGCGGCUGCGGGUCUUCAUUAGGGCGCAGCGCCGGGCGCGGUUUGGGCGACGCGCGGGCCUGGGUCGCCGCCUGCGCGGCCUGGCCGGCCGGCGCGGAGCGCGCUUUAUUGCGCGCGCGGCUCCGCGUGCGCCACCACGAUGAUGAGGAGGAGGACUCGGACUAUGAAGAUAGUGACGAGGAGCGCGGGCCGCCUCCUUUAACCCUGGCGCAGGCGGCCGACGCGCUCGCGCGGGUCGUCGCGGCGCGGCGCGCCGAUUUGGGAGAUGCGGCCGAUGCGGUCGCCUACGCCGGAAGAUUCUUAGAGCACCUCGCCGCCUUUGAUCGGCCGGCGCCCGACGCGUCCGGCAGCUUCGUGGCCCUCGCGUGCGGCCACAACGCGCCGUGGCGCCGCAAGGAGCGCGACGCGCUCUACGCGUGGCUCGAGGUGCAGCUGCCGCCGUCGUCUUGAGCGUUG